GGUCCCACUAGCUAGUGCCACAUGACUCAAUUUUUUUUUUUGCAAUGACUAAAUUGUCCCUAGUGGAACCCACUCUACCCUUCCCUUCUCGUCCAUAAAUACUACCUCCUCAUUUUUUACAAUCCCUUUCUCCAAUUACCUACCCACCCCCCCAUAUAAGAAAUUUUCCACCAUGAUGUCCACUUUUCCGGCAACUACUCUGUCUACCGAUGGACUUUUUCCCCAUUUUUUCCCCGCUUUCGAUGGCGGUUUCACUCCGUGGGACUCUAUCGAACCGGCUUUCUUAUUUCCACAAGAAGUGGAAGAUCAAGAACCGGUUUUUUCUCCCAAGGAAUCACCACCCUCUGAACCGGUUAUUUCAAACUCGGAUUCAGGGUCUGAUGACUCCAAACCGAAUAUCAUUCAUUCUAGUUCCGGUUCAGAUGAACCGGGCGGGAAUAAUAACAAUAAUAAUAACUCGAACCGCUGUCCGGAUAAGAGAAAACGGAAGCCCACAACAUCGAACCGGGACAUAGAUGAGAGAAAGCGUAGACGUAUGGUAUCGAACCGGGAAUCAGCCAGGAGGUCUCGAAUGCGAAAGCAAAAGCAUCUGGAGAACCUGAGGAACCUGGCGAACGGGUUUAAAUUAGAGAACCGGGAAUUAAUGAACCGGUUACGGUUAAUUACGCAUCAGUGCCAACUGGUUCAGUGUGACAACGAGCGGUUGAGGACUGAAUCGGCUAUGCUAAGGGAAAGACUUGAGGCUAUACGUCAAAUAUUGAUCCUCCGGCAACUUGAGCAGCAAUUUAAUUCAUACUCUGCAUGGGCCCGCAAUAAUAUGGAAUUACAAAGACCUGAAUAAUUAAUCAAUUGACCUUAUAAUAAAUCAUCACUUAACGUGCUUUUUCGUAUAAGCACUAUAUAUCUUAUAAGAUGAAUGAAAUUAUAAGAGGAUUCUCUCUCUCUCUCUCCUCUUCUCUCUCUCUCUUGUAAAUUAAAAGGUGCGUCUAAUAGGGGUAAAGAGGUAUAUGUAGCUAGGAGUUUUGAGGUUGCUGGAAACCAAAUGGUGGUUUUAUUUUUAAGCAAAACCAAGCUCGUGUGUAAAUGACUCGAUGGUGUAAUGUUUGGCUUAUUAGUUAAAUGGAAAUCUCUCUCUUUACCUUU